UUAGACUGUCAUAUUGUAAUUAUUUAUAAGUAUUAAAAAAAACUAUAUAGUGUUUUCAUAUGAAAGUGCGAAAACUGAAAACUAUGCAUUGAAUUAAGAACACGACAGCUGAAAUACUAGCAACUUGGGGAGACUACGAGUCGCAACAAUGUCGCAGCAGAAAUCGCAAAAUAACUCUGUUAUCUCGGAUAAGCGUAUAUCGCAAUGGGAGGCUUUAAUGAGGAAGUUUUCAGAAGCUCAUAGAGAACAAUGCAAAACGGUGUCAGUAGACAUACCGCGGGUCCCACGGUCGAUCAAACAGUUCCCCACUGGAUCACAAUACGAAGGCACUUGGGACGUAUUAGGAAUGAGCGGAGUGGGAAUAUAUACAUUUCCUAACGGUGUUCUCUAUGAAGGUGAAUUUAACGAUGGUAUGUUCCAUGGUGUCGGCGAGCUACGGUAUCCGAGUGGAAUAAUACUGAAAGGCAAAUGGUACAAAGGACAAAUGGUAGAAAAGACACUAAUAUUCGCAGACGGGCUGGAAUAUAAUGAUACAGAUUGGAAAUACUGUCGAAUGCCUGAUAGAAGAUUUACAAUAGAAUACGAGAAGGGGCUGCAGCCAGGCGGCCAAUCUUAUCUAACCGCGGAUCAACCAACAAGGGAGAUACCACCAGGAUAUUACGACACGGGAGACGGUUUCUUCGAUCCCAAGACUAAAGUAGUGUACAAGGCUGAUAAUUUAACUACUAUCAUACGGUCACCCUCCGUCCGUGAGCAGAAAUGGAUAAUAGACAACUGCCGCACCUUUCCGGAGAGUGAAGUGGGGCCACGGUUGGACCUGUACGAGAAGUGGUCCGAGCCACAGGUGGACCCAGAGCCACCCCCAAGCCCGGCGUCAUCCUCCCACGGGCCUGCGCCGGUCCGCAAGUCUCAGCUGUUUUUCGAGGACGCAAAUGAAGUGCAGCAAGAGGAUUUUUAUAUUCCAAACUCGAAACACGAAGAGCAAGUAUUCACGCAAUCUUCAAGCCGUCCUCGCAAACGUACCCUGAUCAGUUUUCGAACAGAGUCUACGGAGUAUACAAAUUUAAUGUGAAAAGAAAUAUUAAACAUAUUCAGACAACUGUGUUUUAUACGGUUUACUACUUUUUAUUUUUAUCUCUUAAC